AUGGUCAAAGAAGGCAAGGUCCCCGGCCAUAACGAUGCUAUAUACGACACUGUGCCCAAAGAAGACCAGCUAUUGGAUGAGAUUGCCCCGACGCCUAUUAUCGCUGACCGCGUUUUUUUCGUCUACCUACGCGGCGAUCUAUCUAAAUCUGAAAAGAAGGAACUAGGACUCCUUGAUAAGGGCCUUAUCGAUGCGACCCUCUCUGUGAGCGGCUCCGUUGUCUACCCGGAUGGUAGCUACAUAGAACCAAGGUCCCUUACAAUGCCGUUAAAAACUAUUCCUAUCAACGAUGCGGCCCAUCUCAUCAUUCGCGAUUCUAAUGGCACUCAGGUUAACUACCCACCUAGUAGCGGCCGCAGCGACAUACUGCUAGAUUUCCAGAUUCCUGCGAUGUUUUUGAAGAGCAUGGCUGUGCUCUCUCAAAAACAGAAGGAAGGACGCAUGGAAAUGGUUCAGCUGCUUUUGGAGUACGGUGCGGACCCAAUGCGAGCUGGAGGGGGUUGCGCCUUACAUCGUGCACUACGAGAUAUUGACUUUAGUUUGACCACCUUUCUCGCCGACAAGGGCGCGCGAAUAAAGGUUUCGGAGUUGACGGAAUCCGAUCAAAAAUUGUUGGACCAAGCGAUAGUGGAUUAUGAAUGGGGGAAGUGA